AUGGCAGGUGCAGCUGAACCAUCCGCCAACAAGCCUCCCGCGGCCACAGAAACCGAGAAGCUGCCCCCCCUCUCAGACCAUGACUUCAAACAAUACAACCGCAUGGCAGUGCGGAUGGAUGCCUUUCACAACUACUUCCGCCAAUCCUGGACCCUGCUCUGGGACGCCUGCAACAAGAAGAAGCGGCCCCAGGGCAUGAGCAUGCGCCAGUUCAUCGGCGAGGGCCUCAGCUUCGCCGAGCACCUGACCAUGCACCACGGCAUCGAGGAGCGCCACUUCUUCCCCAUGCUCGCCCGCCGCAUGCCCGAGUUCCGCGGCAGCCUGCCGGACCAGCACAAGGAGAUCCACGCCGGCCUCGAGGUCUUCGAGGCCUACCUGCGGGGGUGCCUGUCCGGGGAGCACGAGCUCGAGCUCACUGUUCUCAAGGAGAAGAUGGAGACGUGGGGCGACGUGCUCUGGGCCCAUCUCGAUGACGAGGUGAAGACGCUGGGGGCGGAGAAUAUGAGGAAGUACUGGACGCUGGAGGAGAUGAGGAGGAUGCCGAUGUGA